AUGACUGCAUAUACAGAGUGUCGGUUCAACAAGACUGGUGUGAGUGGACUCAUUCACCACAAGGAGAUUCCGGCAGAAUUACAGAAUUACUCGAUAGCCCAAGAGAUCUCACUCGACUGCAUGUGGAAUAUCACAGUUUUACCUGGUUAUAAGAUGUAUUUAAACUUCAACGAGUACAGGCUAAACAACCCGAACAACUGUGAGGCCAAUUACAUCGAGGUNACUCAGGCCGAGUCCGUGCGCUCAAAGACUAACGUAAUGCACAUCCGGUUCUUCGCCAAACACGACGCCUUACAGAACGUUAAUUUCGAGAUCACAUACACCGCCUUCAGAGAGCUCAGCAGUAGUAAAGAGAAAUGUCGGCCCAACGAGUUUGACUGCGAGGACAGCACUUGUAUCGAUAAGCAGCUUAAAUGUGACGGUUAUUUCAAUUGUAAAUACCGUUACGACGAGGACAAGACCAGCACAUGCGCCCCCGAUACGGGCGGUAUAUUUAACUUCACGUCGCAACACAUGGUGGUAAUACUGGUGGUAUUCUGUGCGCUAGUGUUGGGAAUGUGUGCGUCGAUCACAAUCUCCUGUUGGAGUAAAAUACAGGAACGGAGACAACGAAAACGUGACUAUAAGUUGCGCCGAUCGCGCGAAACAUCCGUCGAGGUGGGGCUCGACCGGACAAUGACCAUCACUAGUCUGGAUCGGGGCGAUCGGGUGCUCGAGCAGGAGAUCGCCGCCCAGCAGCAGGUGCUCGGCUCCGGGGGUCGCACCCGCAAGAUCAUCACCGCCAACGCCAUCACUCGUAAGGGCGGGUACGGCAGUGGCGGUCGCGGCGGCACUGCCAUCAUCGACGACGAUAUGCAUGGGUGUUAUGUGCCCGACGUGGACGUCAAUGUGUACCGCAAACAGCCCAACGGCGGCCCCCAUCAGCAACAGCAGCAACACCUCCUCCAACAGCAACACAUGCAUCAGCAACAGCUCCUGAUGGACGACAAGUUCUCGCCCGACUCG